AUGGGCAAAACUAAAAAAGAUGAAAAAGCAAUGGAAAUGGAGACGAAUUCCUACACCGUUGAUUUGGAAAAUGCCAAUCAGUCCGUCUGGAUAUUAAAAGUGCCCCAGGACCUGGUGGAUAUUUGGAGGAAAGAAACUUCCAAAGGUGAUCGAAUGGAGAGUUUGUAUGUCGGGGAUUUUGUGGAAUGCAGUCAAGUAAAAGAAGGGUGUGAGACUGAAAAAAAACGAUAUUUUAUAAGUGACGAGGAACUAAUGGGGAAAGCUAAUGUAAAGGAGUCUCCCAUUCCUCAUGUAUACACUUUUGAAAAGGCUUCAAGGAAACCAGAAAUAGACGUUGAUUCACAAAUGGAAUCCUGCGACGAAUCAUCAAACAAAUUAUCAAAUCAAAGACAUUUUGUAUUAGGCGAAGCAAGUGGAAUUCAAACUGACACCACGGCGCCCCGACAUUCAAUGUUUGGAAAAGUUAAGCACAAAUACAAUUUGAACGCACUUGGAUUGGACCAGGCUUCAACACUUUCUAAAAAGGGGAUAGAAAUUGAAAGAAAGGUAGAUAGAAAGAUAAAGAUAAUCAAAGAAAGCGACAUUCCGAAAGAAGAAGUGGAGUCAAUGGCUAACAUAGAGGUAAACGUGUCGAAGCAAGGCGGGAGAAGAGCAAGUCUCUCCUGCCCUGCAGUUGAUAAAACCGUUCUUGAAGCUUUUGAGGACAACUACCGAAUUUCACAGCAGGAUCUUUUGAGAUUAACAAAACUACCGAAGUUCGUUUUUUCUGUGGACGCAAUUUUGUUCGAUGAACUUUUAGUCCUAACGGGGAUGAGAAAGAAAUCAGUGGCUACUAAAUUAUCAAUUCAUCCUGAUUUUAUUUCGACUGAAUUAGCAGGUGUCUCUUUUACAACGGAUGUUCCUUCGUCUGAACAGCCGUCGCGUAUUUUCAAAGCAGAAACCGAAAAUAUAGAGCAAUCAAGUGAAAGUGUUAUUAUUUCUACCGAUAUCUCUGGCAAAAUGACUCUCCCAGAUGGGACACCGGUUGUCCAACCUGCUGAUGUCGGGGACACAACUGAUUAUUCACUCCAAUAUGAUCUUCAAGAUGGUGUUCUUCCUCGAAGACCAUUCUCUAAUUCAUUUCAAAUCGGCAGUGUCGAUACCGUAAAAUGUACUAGUUGUGCUCUUCGAAUGAGCCCCUUUGGCUGUACCGUUCAUCCAAAGUUGGGCGUUAUUCUCUGUAAAAAAUGUCUCAAAUUUUAUGGGAAAGGCGAAUUUGCAAAAGAUACUGAUGGUAAAGACGAAAAUUGCCGCUGGUGUGGUGAUGGUGGUGAUUUGAUUUGCUGUGAUUCCUGUUCUAACACAUUCUGCAAGAGUUGCAUAAAGCGUAAUCUUGGUCGAACUUUCCUCCAAAAUAUUGAAGAUUUGCCUGAUGGUGCCUCUUGGUACUGUCUAAUAUGUGAUCCCUCCCCCUUGGUGCCACUUCAACGGGAAUGUGCUGAAGUUUUUGAUCGCGUCAAAGCUUUGGCCGAGCAAGCUCGUAAAAGAUCCGAAAUGAAACGGAAUCGGCCCUUCGUUCAAGCUCCUUCAAAGACUACACUGAUACCAACAACUCAGGAUCCCGGUUCUAAACCAAAUAACCAAAAUCCCCCAUAUAUCGCAACUGUUAUAAAUAUGGAAUUUCCCGAACCCCGAGUGACUGUUUCAACCAAAGGCCAAACAGCUCCAGUAACGUGCAAUUCUGUUGACUUUUAUCUCAAAAAUGCAUCUAUUGCCGGUAUUCUCGAUCAGAUCUCUACGAUCACUCCGGACAACUUCACAGAAGUUAUUCGCUCUAUUCGAUUUUGCAUGGAAACUUUCUCUAAUGACAUUAGAAGAGCUGAGACAAGCUUUACGAAGGCAACAAAUCGAGAGGAAAUCCAGACAACUGUUAAGACAUUUCAGUCAAUUUUCCGAUAUCACUUGCUCAGUCGAUUCGCUAAUGUAGUCUUGCGAGUUAAUGAAGAGAUUGCUAAAAGAUCUGACUCUGUCAAAUUCACUUCAACUCUUUCCGAAACUAUUGAUCUCACGGACGAUUUAGAGACGGCUAAUGGAAAUCCUUCUCAGAUUUCGUCAUCUAAUUCCUCUUCGAGACGAAAGAUGUCUGGUUUGGCAGCAAGUAGGUCAGCUUCUUCUUUAUCUCAAGUAAAACGGCGGAAAACUCUCCAAGUUUCAGCUGCGAACAAUGAAGCUGAGAAGUUGACAUCAGUUGCUGUGGUUGCGCCCAAAUCAGUUAAUGCAAGCGAAGCUGGCGUUCCUUCGCCAAAUGCAACAUCAACUCGUGGGUUGUACAAAGACAUGUCUAACUUCAAAUGUAUUAUGCUCCUCUCCCCGGUCCAGUCGGUAAGUUCGAGACAGAGUGAAAACUCAACAAGGUCGUGGUCUGUAGCUCGGACUCUUAGGUCUCGAAGGAAUGUCAGCGAUAAGGAAUCUAUUACCAUUUCUUCCGAUUCUGAUAGCCAAGUUUCUCUUCAUUAUAAUGAAGAAGGGCAAGAACCGACGAAAGGGACAGAUGACACAGUGAUAAUUUAUGAACAUGAGGAGGAGGAACCCAUUAUUAAUCAGGAUGAUGUAGUUACUGUACUUUCUGAUAGUCCUAUUAUUAACUCCGCCGAUGGACACCAAUCUCCCUCUGGACUCCCUCAAGAUUCUGUCGAUUUCACUGUUCUAUCUACAUCUGGGGAACCAGUCAAGAAGCAAAAGGGAGGUAAAAUGGAGAGAGUCAUUUAUGAGCGAACUCUUUCUUCAAACUCGGAUGAUGAAUCAUUGCCAAAAGCAGGCGAAAAGCUUGUCAUUCCGGCAGCUAAACGCCAAACAUCUAAAUCUGUUGCCAAUGCACCGAGCAGUAGCAGUAGACGUCAAAGAAUUUUUUACUCUGAUGACGAAGUUGAAAUGAAGGAAGAAAAUGAUGAAGCCGAGGGAGAUGAUGCUGACACUAAGGGUAGCAGUGACACGAAACUAAAGCCAAAUGUGAAGGCGCGAGAUAAUGGCGUGUCAACGAAACGUCGUUUACGUCGCAGGCUUAAGCGGUCAUCAAGAUUCUCUUCGGCGAGUAAUAGCUCUAGAAGCUCCUCAUCUAGCUCUAGUGAUCUCGAAAUUAGUGUUCCUAAAGCUGAAGGUAGCCCAUUUAGGAAAAAUGGUCUAAAGGAGGAAGUUAAGAAGGCUGCUGUCCAAGCGGAAAAGUCUAAAAAAUCUGGCUCUUUCGAUGGAGAGGAAGGCUGCGAUGAAGAAGACGAUGCCGAUGGAAAGAGGGGAAGAAGGAAGAUUAGAAAAAUUCUCAAGGAUAAGAAGCUCUCCUCUGAGACCAAGAAUGCUGAAGCAUUGGAAAAAGAGAGACGAAAACGUCUUGAAGAGAGGCAAAAGUUGUACAACAGUGUGUUGGAGGACCCUACUGAGGGAUCAAGUACUAAAAAUGCUCGGCUGGUUUUGGAUUUCAAGAAGGACACUGAGGAGGCUGUUGUCGAAGUCCACCCUGAACUUGUCAAGCAUUUGAAGCCCCAUCAAAUACAAGCCGUUCGCUUCCUCUACGAUAACAUAAUCGAGUCACUGGAUGAGCACAAGGAGAACAGAAAUCGUUUGAAUGGAGCCAUUCUGGCCCAUUGCAUGGGUCUAGGCAAGACCCUCUCAACAAUCACUUUUAUUCACACCCUCUUGACUCACAAAGAUGUUGGCUUGGGAAUUAAAACCUGUCUCAUUAUCUGUCCUGUCAACACUCUUCUCAACUGGCUUCGAGAAUGGCAACACUGGAUGCCUGAAGAUGCUGACGUUAAUGUGUUCGAACUGGCUACUGCAAACGCAAGUAACUUCCGUGCGGAAAUCAUACGUCGUUGGCAGAAUGAGGGAGGUGUCAUGUUAAUGGGUUAUGAUAUGUAUCGCAAUCUGACUACUUCUCUCCUGAAGAAAACCCGAAAACUGUCGCUGAAAAAGUUAAUUCUUUCAGCUCUCACUGACCCCGGUCCGGAUAUUGUGGUGUGCGAUGAAGGUCAUUUGUUAAAGAAUUCCAAAACCGGCGUCACAAAAGCUAUUAACAGUCUCAAGACCCCGAAGCGAAUUAUUCUUACUGAUUGGACAAUGGUGAAUUUUGUAAAGCCCAAUCUUCUCGGCUCUGCUAAGGAAUUCGCGAACAGAUUCGUGAAUCCGAUUAAGAAUGGUCAACAUUCUAAUUCAACUCAACGUGAUGUCCAGCUGAUGAAGAAGCGAGCUCACGUCCUAUUCAAAACUCUUGACGGUUGCGUACAGCGACGAGACUACAGUUGUCUAACAAAGUAUCUUCCUCCCCGUUUGGAGUAUGUGCUAAAAAUCCGACUCUGUGAUGUCCAGUGUGAACUCUAUCGAGCCUUCUUACAGACUCGAGCUGAUAGGGGCCUGACGACUGGCGAUGAUCAGAAAAGUACGCUCUUCAGUGAUCAGCAAACUCUUUAUCGAAUUUGGACACAUCCAUUCACCCUCAAAAUGCAUGAAACACGGGAAGCUAGAAGAGCUUUCCUGGAAGAUUCUACUUCAGAAGAUGAAGAACUUACUGACGAAAAUGAAGAGGAGGGUGGUUCCAGUGGUUCUGACUCAGAUUCCGAUUCGGAGUCUUCCGAAUCUGCUGCUUCUACACCCGCCGAGGUUCCCACCGAAUCCUCACGUUCAACUCGAGCGACAAGACGCCAAUUGCGUGGUAGUGCUAGUGCUAUGGAACUUUCUGGUGCUAAUGGAGGCUUGAUCACUGGUGAUGGUAGUUACUCAGCUUCUUCAGGGACAGUUCAUAUAGAUGGAACUGGCGAUAGAGCUAACGGUGGCCUAUAUGGUGAUAGAUUCACAGAGGAAGAUAUUCUCAAACCAUGGUGGCGUCCCCUCUACAAGAAUGACUAUGACUUACGUAUUGAUGUUGGUGCGAAAUUGAGUGCCCUCUUUUUUAUCCUCAAAAAAUGCUCCGAGAUUGGUGACAAGGUGCUUGUUUUCUCACAAAGUCUCUUCUCUCUUGAUCUCAUUGAAUGGUUCCUUGCUGCUAUUGAUCGACAAUGGUGCAUGUCGCAGGGUCUAGAAGUUGAUACAAAUUCGAAGCAGUCCCAAGAGUUGGAUCUUUUGUUCAGUUCGGAAACAUUUGAGAUGCCCUCUCUGGUUCAGUACUUCUCUGACAUGGAAAGAAACACUUGGCGUCGUGGUCAUGAUUACGAGCGAAUCGAUGGAAGCCUUUCAGCGGUUCAACGAAACACUCUUCAAACUCGAUUUAACAGUCCUGGUCAACGGUUUCGUCUCUUAAUUAUUUCAACCAAGGCCGGAGGGUUGGGUGUGAAUUUAACGGCGGCGAAUCGUCUCAUUAUAUUUGAUGUCUCUUGGAACCCCAGCCAUGACAUUCAAUCUAUCUUCAGGAGCUAUCGAUUCGGUCAAACAAAACCGGUCUACAUCUAUCGUAUGGUGGCUCAGGGCACUAUGGAGGAAAAGAUAUAUGAUCGACAAGUGACGAAACAAUCUCUAGCCCUCCGCGUCAUAGACGAACAGCAAGUUGAGCGACACUUUAAAGAAGAAGACCUCCGUGAACUCUACACUUUUGAGCCAGAACUGUGGGAUGCUGAGUUGGCAGCCACGCGUCCUCCUCCCUCUUACCCUAAAGAUCGUCUUCUGGCCGACCUAAUCUCUGAACAGCCUCACCUCGUAGUGAGUUAUCACAAUCAUGACUCACUGUUGGAGAAUCGUAUAGACGAAGGUCUCUCUGAAGCGGAGCGCGCUGAAGCGUGGCGGGAGUACGAGGAAGAGAAACGUGUUGGACGUCCUAUGACAGAGUUCCAACGCCUCUUACUCAAUAACCCUCAGGCAGCUUUGGCUCACAGACAGCAAAUUGAGGAGGAACAAAGGAGAAUGGCUACUAUGCAUUAUAAUGCUGGUGGCAGAGGAACUAGGCUUCCUUAUGCUUCUAUUAACCCAUCACCACAGGGUAUUGAUUCGAUGUUUACCACGUUGCCGGCAGGUGCUGUCAACCAUGCACAAAGGCCGCCCAUGUUUCAACACCAACGAGAAGUUUUCCGCCCCAUUGAACCUAGAAUGAGUUUUGUUCAACCUCAAAUCCCUCAAAAACGAACCAAUCCUCUGGAAUCAACACCACGAGAUUCAAAUACCCGAAAUGCCCUGUCAGAGUCCUACAAUGCGGUGCAGAAUAUGCUCCUGAGUCGUUUCCCCAUGUUAGCUCGUGCCCCUGGCGCUCUGCAUGAUAUGUCCGUGAGAUUAUUUUUAGACAAUGUGGCGAAUACAAUCGCCGCUCAAAACACUCAGUCUGGCCUGGCUCAUCAGCCACAGCAACCAAAUUUUGCAUCGCUGGUGGCACAACCUCAUCAACCUGUCCCCCCACACUUCCCAACUUCCCUGCCUCAACCCAAUUUCCCUAAUUGGAACCCAGCCGCUGCCGCUGUCAGAAGAGACGUUAUUGGCACCAAUGACGUCAACCGGCACCCACCUCCCGUGGUUGUCGAUGUGGACAAUGAAUCUCCAGUCGAAGAUGCUUAG